UUCGCGCAGCCGCAACCUUCACCACCACCGGCAUCCACCACCAACAUACGCACAGAUAGACAGAUAGACAGAACAGAGCAAGCGACGAGACGACAAUGUGUCAGGCCGACAGCACGCAGCCGAGCGCGGACAUAUUCUGGCGGCCGGGACAGGACGUGUCGCGCGUGCGCGGCACAGGCGCCGACAUCCACCGUCCGGACGUGUACGCCGUCGUCGACGCCGCGGUCGACAAACUCUCGGACGAGCUGCGCGAGCUCAGCCUCAACAUCCACGGUCAUCCGGAGAUACGAUACGAAGAACGACACGCCCACGACGCGCUCGCGUCCUUCAUGGAGAAGCAGGGCUGGGCCGUGAAGAGGCACCACCUGCUCGAGACCGCGUGGGAGGCGCGCUUCACGCACGGCGCGUCCGGCGAGGGGCGCACGGUCGGCGUGAACAGCGAGAUGGACGCGCUGCCGGGCGUCGGGCACGCGUGCGGACACAACCUCAUCGCCGUCGCGGGCGUCGCGGUCGCGUGCGCGCUCCGGAGCGCCAUGGAGGCGCUCGACGUGCCCGGCACGGUCGUCCUCCUCGGGACGCCAGCGGAAGAGAGCGAGUACGGGAAGGUCGUGCUCCUCGAGAAGGGCGCGUACAAGGACAUGGACGUCUGCCUCAUGUGCCACCCCGCGCCGGGCCCGCCGCUGUCCGCGAGUCUCGCGAGCUCCCUCGCGAUCACGCCGAUGGCCGUCGAGUACUUUGGGCACACCGCACACGCCGGGCUCGCGCCGUGGGAGGGCCACAACGCGCUCGACGCGGCCGUGUCGGCGUACACGAGCGUGUCGAUGCUGCGCCAGCAGAUCAAGCCCACGCACCGCGUGCACGGCACGCUUAAGGGCAAGGACUGGGCUGCCAACGUCAUCCCUGACUACGCAUGGAUGAAGUGGCUCAUGCGUGCUCCAACGCGCAGGGAGGUCGACGUGCUCGUGCCCCGCGUGCGCGCCUGUCUCGAGGCAGCCGCGAAUGCGACGGACACCAAGGCCAAGUUCGAUUUCGGGGAGGCGGCGCUGUACGAGCUGCGGCAGAACAAGGCGCUGAGCGACGAGUUCGCGCACAUCUUCUCGAGCAAGUAUGGUUCGAUUGAUUACGAGUACGGCAUCAGCGGCGCGUCGACCGAUUUUGGGAACGUGACAUAUGCGCUGCCCUCACUGCACCCGGGAUUCGCCAUCCCAACGAAAGCGGGCGGCACGAACCACACGCCAGAGUUUACGAAAGCGGCUGCGACGCCCGAGGCACACCAGGCAUGCAUGAACGUGUCCAAGGCACUCGGAGCGCUCGGCGCACGCGUACUCAUGGAUGCCGAGUUCUUUGAAAAGGUGAAGCGCACGUUUGAAGAAGAGAGCAGGCGGAGCGGAGCGUGAUUUAAAAAUUGAGAGAUCUUUGUUACUUGUCCUCGGUGGAAGGUCCUCGAAGAUAUAAGACAUCAGCGCCUUUGUGGCGUGUGC